CCGACAUGUCCAGGCCUCAGAGAAAGCCCACAAGUCGCACCCUGGACAACAGCGACCUACAUUGCCUCUCCGAGGACCUGAAGAAGGGAAAGGAGGGACAGGGAGGAACAAUCCAGCGUGCUCCUCCUCCUCCCCCUCGUGAUCGUAAGAUGCUCAAGUUCAUUAGUGGGAUUUUUACCAAAAGUGCAGGCGUGCCAGCCGGCGUCAGCACUCCACCUCCGCUGUAUCCACCUGUGGAGAGAGGUUCGAGUGAGGAGGAAGUUGUUUGCACCAGCAGUCAAGAAUGGACGAUGAGCCAAACUGUGCAAGACCUACAUCUGGGUGUUUUGGGCGGUCUGUGCAGUGGGAAGUCUGCUCUGGUCCACAGACAUUUAACUGGAAGUUACCUCCCACUGGAGAACUCAGAAGGACGCCAGUAUAUUAAGGAUGUGCUAGUUGAUGGACAGAGCCAUCUGCUGAUAAUCAGAGAAGAGACAGAACUCCCGGAUCCUCAGUUUGCAAGUUGGGUGGACGCAGUAAUCUUGGUCUUCAGUUUGGAAAAUGAGGCCAGCUUCCAGGAAGUUUACAAAAUCUAUCACCAGCUUGCAAUCCAUCGGCCUGUAACUGAGAUAGCUUUCAUAGUCGUCGGCACUCAGGAUAAGAUCAGCAGCACCAACCCCAGAGUGAUAGAUGAUGCCAGGGCCAGACAGCUCUGCUCAGACGUGCGGCGCUGCACUUACUAUGAAACCUGUGCGACGUACGGCCUCAAUGUGAACAGAGUCUUCACGGAUGCUGCUCAGAAGAUCAUGGCAGCUAAGAAGCAAGCUGCCCUACUGGCUUCUUGUAAAUCUCUUCCCAAUUCUCCCAGCCACUCUGGAGGCUCCACCCCAGUCUCCGGUGUCUUUCCAGGACAGGCGAGUAACGGUGGGCAGAGCAGCGACUACUCGUCCUCACUUCCCUCUACUCCUGUGAUCAGUCACAAAGACAUUGGCAGAACACUGAGAGGGGAGAAGCAGGACGGUACUACGCCUGUCUUGGUCCGUAGCGUCCGAAGACGCACCACUAGAUUCGCGGGCCGGAGAGGCAGCGACUCAAACAGAAGGAGCGCAGACUUUAAGGGCGAUCUGGGCAGCGGGCGCUCCAUUCCCAUCAAACAGGGCAUCUUGCUGAAGCGCAGUGGGAACUCGCUCAACAAAGAGUGGAAGAAGAAGUAUGUGACAUUGUCCAAUGAUGGCAUACUGUCCUAUCACUCCAGUGUCAAUGACUACAUGCUGAAUGCCCCCGGGAAAGAAAUGGACCUGCUGCGAGUGACAGUGAAGGUGCCGGGAAAGCGGCCUCCUCGCGCCGUCCCCACCUGCGCCCCCCCGGCUGGACUUAACGGGCGGGUCAAAGACGUUCAAGGAGCUGAGGACGAGGAUAACUUUGACUUCCUCAUUGUGUCGAGUACUGGCCAGACGUGGCAUUUUGAAGCCCAAAGUGUGGAAGAGAGGGACUCCUGGGUCCAAGCCAUCGAGAACCAGAUCCUGGCCAGCCUGCAGCUGUGUGAAAGCAGCAAAAACAAGGCUCGAAGGAACAGCCAGAGUGAUGCAGUGGCUCUGCAGGCGAUACGCAAUGCAAAGGGCAACAACUUCUGUGUGGACUGUGACGCUCCUAAUCCAACCUGGGCCAGUCUGAAUCUGGGCGCUCUCAUAUGCAUCGAGUGUUCCGGCAUCCACAGAAACCUGGGGACUCACCUGUCACGGGUUCGCUCUCUGGCCCUGGAUGAUUUGCCACGAGAGCUGACGCUGGUUCUCAGUGCUAUCGGCAACCACAUGGUCAACAGUAUAUGGGAGGCACGCACAAUGGGCCACCGUAAACCAGCACCCGAUGCUACACGAGAGGAGCGGGAAUCGUGGAUAAGAGCCAAAUACGAGCAGAAACUGUUUGUGGCGCCGUUGCCUCCUCCCACUCCCAGCGAGGGCCCAGACAUCACUCUAUCUGGCCGUCUUCUGUUGGCAGUGAUGGAGCACAAUCUCCCCAAGCUGCUGCUACUUUUGGCCCACUGCACUAAGGAGGACAUUAAUGCCCCUCUCAGCCUGGCACGCUCCUCCAGGUCGCUCUUAGCUCUGCGGCUGCCCGCCUCCCCCCUGCACGCUGCCUGUCAGCAGGCUGAUGUGGUGAUGACGCAGCUUCUAAUUUGGUAUGGCUGCGAUGUUCGGUAUCGGGACGCUCAGGGCCAGACAGCGUUGGCUCUGGCUCACAGCGCCGGCAGCCAAGAGUGUGUCGACAUCUUGCUCCAGCACGGAUGCCCGAACGAGCCGCCCCCAUCCGUCGCCGCGACAGUCGGUUUCGCAGCGGCAGCCACAUCCAGCUUCCCUGUUGCCAUGACACCAAGCCUGACGGUUGCCACGACACUCAAGAUCUCGCACAAGAGCGGCGGCACAAGCUUGAGUUACAGCACCUCCAGAAGAGCAGUGUCAUAACCGAAAUGUGG